UCUGUGUACAGGUAGCUACUUUAUCUUUUGGCGCUCCUGUUUCUGCCGUAUGUUUGUACACGUCCCGUGGUUUGGAAAUUCGUGAUAAAAAACGAUACAAACAAUGAGGGUGGACGUGGUUUGUCACCUUUCAAAUAGUAAUCAAUCGGGGAGUAAAAGAGGAAUGAAAAGGGGUGACAUUAUGGCUAAGUUUCACUGUGAAGGGGAAGGAUCAACUUGUAGGGGAUUGAUUUUAGAGCCGCAACUCACAGUAUUCUCAUUAUUCAUUUCCAGCGAUAUGUUCGGAAGUGAACUUAAAAGUUGGAUGAAACACUCGACUUUGAAGAGUUUCUGUUGUGAAAUCAUGUACUUUUUUGUAUUUCAAAAUUUUCAUGAGUUAGUGACAUUUUCGCAUUAUAUCACCUGUACACGUAAAAUUGAGGGUUAAAAUGAUGGCUUCUAGUAAUGACCAUCUGUCCAUACCUCCACCAACAUCGAAGCCUAGACUCUCACCCUUAGACUUCAGGAACACAGAAUUGGUCUCCCGCUUACUAGCGGCAACUCCACCUUACCUUUACAAUAUGUCUCUCCUACCCAAUUCCUACUUCUUCAGCGAAAUGCUGCGGUCUUUGGUUCAAGCGAAGCAAGAAAAUGCGGCAAACGCAGAAAGCAUGAUGGCUUCAUCUAUACAUUCCAGGAGAUCCAGAAAACGCCCUUGGUUGAUAUCCAGACAAGAGGAAACUUCUAAGCACAUACCCAAAGUUGAAAAAAAUGAGAUUGCCGACUGGGCAAAGCCACCAGUCGAGAAGCCCAGUCCGAUAGAGCUAGUCAGAAAAUCGCCCAAUUCUAGAACACUAGAAGACUCGAAGACAUAUCUGAAAGAAAAGCAUGCCCCCUUUGAACAUGUGCAGACUGAUCAACCAAACCCUGGAUUAGUUCUACCUCCGGCACCUCCAAUUUGGUUUCCACCCAUAUAUCCUAGUCCAUAUGUGGACCCUCUACAUUUCUUCAUUGAUCUCAGGGUAUCUGGUCAUAUUUAUGAUAAGAGUCAAAAAGAUGCCGGCUUCGAUAGAUCUGCUAACAAAGAUUAUCCGUCAACUGUAGUCUCUUCCAAUUCGGAAUCAGAUCAAAGCCUCAACUCCGAAAAAAAUAACUUAUCUUUCCUACCAAGUAGGUAUGGAAGUCACAAAUCAGCAUUCUCAGUUCCGAAUCAAAAAUAUGGCAAUAACACACCCAUGAACUUGACGCAGUUGGACAGUGAUUCCAAAUGUACCAAAUUCGAUGUUAAAUCAAUGGGUUUCGAGAAAAGUACGAAUAGAACUGGGACAAAGUAUGUGGUUUCUAAUAUUGAAAGCAUUUACAGGAAUAUAAAUUCAACAGACAGGAUGAGUGAAUGCUCGCAAGAGAAGAGAUCUAAGAUGGAAGAAGAAAAAGGCAGUUUCUCCUUUCAAAUGUUCUCCGAUAAUAGUGAUUUGGAUGUUAGGGGACACUCGCCUGUGGAUGUUGUUGAUGGAGAAGAACAAGGAUAUAAAAUUGAUGUACAGACUUGAAUAAUCCAAUUUUUAUUCAUUUUGGUUAUAAUGUGAAUUAGCACCGAAUAUUGUAGAUAACGGAUAUAUGUUGUAAAACACGAAGCUUUCAGUAUAAUACAUUUCAAUUGUUAAUAAAUAAUAUUGUGUGAAUACUUUACGUAUGUCCAUUGUAUAUAUAUUGUAUAUCUUUUAUUUAUUAAAUUGUUUUUGAAUAGCUCAA